AUGAAGAGAGACCCACCCGCAUCACAGCUCGGAGAUCACCUGCCUCUUUGUGACCUGGGUUUUGGACCGCUAGCAUGCUUCGUCACCCUGAAGCCUUUGUCAAGCUGCAAUGCCGUUGCACACGUUGGUUCUGGACACGCUGACUCGAUGGAACUUGAGAACUCCGACGAUGCAGGAGUCAAUGUGCAGGAGAUCCGAAUUCAGGAUGUUGAUGAUAAAUGCACCACAAUUAACGUGCCAGAUAUUUCGCAGCAGCCGAAACAGAGGCAGCACCCGGCGGACUAUGAUUCUCCUUCUCUGCAAAGCUUUAGCAGCGGUGGCAGCAGUCCAAGCUCAGCGAGGCGCAGACUUCGACUUCGUCAAGGUGUGCCAGCGCGGCACCUUACGGGAGAAAUGACCGGAAAGGCCGACUGCAAAGACGUUUCGAAGAUGUUGCCUCGCGAACAUGCUUCCUGGAAGCAUGAGAACCCCAAAGCGCACGUCCAUGUCACUGGCAAUGAUGAGUUAGAUCGACAACUCCUGCUUGAUGCCUGGCAGUCAUGUCGUCUCAUGGAGGCAUGCCGUUUGGUCCAGAAGUCGCGUUUGUCCAAGCGGCAUUUUCACAAUGUCCUGGAUGAGUCUGCCCUGGAAGUCAUUCACAGGGUGGAGGCAAGCUACCACCAAUCGUUGGAUGAGUUGAUGCAGCAGCCCGGAAGUGGCUGGAUGAAGGAUCGAGACGAGAAGCGGAACCUGGACGUGGCCUUCAGAUUGACUCAUGACACAUUACAAGCUGUGGCUGCGACUGUGUGCACUGGCUUUGGCCUCAUCCAAACCUUCGAUGCUCUGCGUGAGUAUGUCCAACAGCAUGAGUACAACGACGACAUGUACGUCGGGUUGCUGGAUGAUGAGCUGCUCCAGGAUUCGCUGUUGCAUGUCCGUCGCUCUGGACACGGAGGUGUUGAAGACAAUAUUCUUCAUUUCAGCUUCGUCGAUGCUUUGGAUGAGCCGCUGGGAGCGUUGUGGCUUUCCAGCUACACGCCGCCUCUAAAACGAGGGCGGCUUGCAAGGAGCUUCCGGGGCAUUGCCCUUCCGAAGCCCCAAGCUGGUUCUGUACGCUUGGCUUUUUGGCGGAGUUCUUUCACUGUUACACCUAUUUGGAGUCCUGGGACGAGCGGUACGGCAAGCCUGGAAGCUGUGAGGGUGGCCUACGCGGUUGCCAGACGCCCAUCAUCUGCUGCCUGCAUCUUUCCAAGCAUAAUGCACCGCGAGGUUAGCAACAGGCUGGCCAAGUUCAAGGAGUUUCUGCACACACGAGACCAAUACAGGGACUGCGAGAUUUACAAGUGCAUAGAGAGGCACAUUGUGGAGAGUGCGCCAAAUGCUGCCCGAGACAUCCAGGAGGUUUCCUUUGAGGAGCUUGCCACCAUGCUCCCCGAUGAUUGGGCAGACUACCACGAUCCCGAGCAUGUUAAUGAUUUUAGCUGA